AUGGCGAAUUCUUCAGAAAAAUUAUGUCUUCCACAAAGGAAUCUGAUAAGUGAGAUUUCGAGUAAGUGUUUGCAUAAUCUUCUUCUGUCCGAAGAAAUGAUUCAUCGAAAUAAUGAGUCACCAUUGAUAUCGACACAUCUGACAAAUGUUCGGGAGUUCCUCUAUGCAAUCCUUUUCCUUCUUCUUGUUGCUGCAUAUCUCGCUUGUACACGUCUUCUCUUUGUUUUCGGGGCCUUUAGUGAGUUACAGACAGAGUUCGAAAAGGUCAAAUCUUUGAUGAUUCCAUCAUCUAUGAUUGAGUUGCGAAAACUUCUGGAUAGGUAUCCUACAUCUGAACCGAAUUCUUUCUGGUUAAAGAAUCUCUUUCUAGUUGCUCUGAAACAAUUAGGAGAUUCUCUAGGUGGCAACAUGCUAUUGGGUGGUGGUCCCGCUUAUAGGGUCAAAUCAAUACGCUCUAAGAAGAAAUAUUUGAAUAUAAAUCUCAUCGAUAUCAUCGAUCUCAUAAGUAUCAUACCAAAUCCCAUCAAUCGAAUCACUUUUUCGAGAAAUACGAGACAUUUAAGUCAUACAAGUAAAGAGAUUUAUUCAUUGAUAAGAAAAAGAAAAAACGUGAACGGGGACUGGAUUGAUGAUAAAAUAGAAUCCUGGGUUGCAAACAUCGAUUCGAUUGAUGAUGAAAAAAGAGAAUUCUUGGUUCAGUUCUCCACCUUAACGACAGAAAAAAGGAUUGAUCAAAUUUUAUUGAGUCUGACUCAUAGUGAUCAUUUCUCAAAGAAUGACUCUGGUUAUCAAAUGAUUGAACAACCGGGAGCAAUUUACUUACGAUACUUAGUUGGCAUUCAUAAAAAUUUGCAUUUCCCAUCUUAUGGAAAACCCUUUUCGCUCCGCUUAGCCUUAUCCCUCUCUAGGGGUACUUUAGUAAUAGGUUCUAUAGGAACUGGACGAUCUUAUUUGGUCAAAUACCUAGCGAAAAACUCCUAUCUUCCUUUCAUUACGGUAAUACCUAGCGAAAAACUCCUAUCUUCCUUUCAUUACGGUAGUGAUGCUAGUGACGAUAUUGAUGCUAGUGACGAUAGUGAUGCUAGUGACGAUAUUGAUGCUAGUGACGAUAUCCUUGAUAUGGAGCUGGAACUGCUAACUAGCAUGAAUGCGCUAACUAUGGAUAUGAUGCCUGAAGAUGAAGACCUACUUUAUAUCACCCUUCAAUUCGAAUUAGCAAAAGCAAUGUCUCCUUGCAUAAUAUGGAUUCCAAACAUUCAUGAUCUGGAUGUGAAUGAGUCGAAUUACUUGUCCCCAGGUCUAUUAGUGAACAUUCUCUACAAGAAGGGAGUUCUUUUUCCUUUCUGCAGGGACCAGGAGAUUGGAUCUAGCCGUAAGAAGAAUGCUUGGUAUAAAUAA